AAUGUGGUGUAGUCUCGACCUUGUAAGACAACGAGUACACUAUUCAGCAACGAAUAAUUCAGCAAAUACGAACGAAUUGAAGCUACGAAAAUUUUCAAUCGGCCACAUUAUUAGGAUCGUGACAUAGUCAGUCAGCGUUGAAGCAGCGAAAAUUUUCUUUUGAGGAAGCAAAGAACCUACAAAAGGAAUUUACGAAAAACACAAAUACAUUUCAUUUCUACGCUAAAAAAUAAAACAGGACCAAUAACCAUCAAUCCCCAGUGGCUGGCGAAUGGUAACAGCCAUCCAAACAACAUAACCAACAAACCAGCAGCAGUAAAGCAGCAACUCAGCCAAACAACAAUCUAAGCAAAAAACAUCGAAACUCGGAAUCAAAUCAUUUGAAGCAAUAAAGGCUGGUGGUAAAACACAACAGCUCUUCAAAGGCGGCGGCCCUAACAAAAGAAACGAGAAUCAAGUACUUGGCUCACAUUGGUGGCUUGGUGCUAACAAACAAACAUACAGACAGACAGACACCCAAACAUAAAGCAGAAGUAAAGGCAAAUAAAUUUCGUCACCAUGUCCAGUGGAAGUGGUGGUCAACGUAUACGCCGAGAUGAAUUCGACAUAGAGUCGAGGAGUGAUGAGCAUUAUCAUCACCGUAGAGGAGGUGAUGAUAGACGGAGUCAUUCAAAUCGCAGAUCUCCUUAUAGUCGACAUCGUGAUGAUGAUUAUAGUCGUUCACGAAGCCGAAGUCGCGGCCGUUACGGCGGUGGUGGCAGCCAACGUCAUGGAAACAGCAGAUAUUCUGUUAGUCGCAGCCGCAGUCGUAGCCGUGGUCAUUCCUCGCGACGACGUCUUGACAGUGGCAGUCAACAUUCUUCACAUUCUAAACGAUAUCGUGAUUCACGAUCCCGCUCCUAUUCUAGAUCACGUUCCAGGUCGCCGGCCUACAACAGGCGGCAAAAUCGUCAUCGUGAUUAUGACACCGACGACAGAAGAGGCGGCGGUGAUUACAAACGUCGUAGUUCCAAAUCACGUUCCAGAUCAAGAUCGUCUUCACAUUUUCGUGGCGAUCGAAAGGAGAAAGAACAAUCCCACAAGAAGACGCACAAGAACAACCUCGAUGCUAUAAAGGAAAGUGAUGCAUCUUCAAAUGAUAACUCACAAGAAUCUAAACAAAGCCAAGACUCAAACUAUGUAGGCAACCUAGAAGAUUUGCCCUUGCCCCAGCAAAAAGAUGAUGAAAGCAAACAGCAAAAUGAUGCUGAUAAAGGCAUAUACAAAUUUGAUGAAAAUGAGCCAAUUGAUCGGGCUCGUAUACAUCGUGAAAUGGAGGAAAAAUUACGGCAGGCCUUGGCCAAAGAGGGUAAAGUCUAUCCACCACCCAAACCGGAGGCAUCACAUCCGGUCUUUGCAAAUGAUGGUUCAUUUCUGGAAAUCUUUAAGAAAAUGCAAGAGCAGCAACAAUUACAGGUCAAACCAUCAACAUCAGUGGCGGCUGUUGUGCCACCGGCAAUUGUAAAUCCUGUAGUACCCAUACUGGCUGCAUCCUCUGUCAGUCCUGCAACAGCACCAUAUUUGGUGGCCACAGCCACUGGCAAAAGUGCACCUCCACCGCCGAUUGUGGGUCGCCGCAAAGGUGGUAAAAUUCUAAAAACCGGAGUGGUGGCCAAGCCGAAGGCUCAAACAGAAGUCAGUAAUGAUCCCAAGGAUUUCUGGUCACUGUAUUUGGCGGAAGUGAAUAAAUAUAAAAACACAGCUUGUGAAUCGGAGCAAGGCAAUAGACCUCUAAUUAAAUAAACACAAAAAAUAAUCAUAAAAUGAACUAAGAAUGCAAAGAACGAAGAACAAGAAAUGAACUUGAAGAACAUGAGUCUGUCUUUUUUGUAAUGAACUGUGCAUAUAUUUUUUUUUUACUUUUUCGAUUUAUAAUUUUUACCUAACCCAAUCAAUUUUCGGGUUAUUUUUUCCAAACUUAUUUUAUUUUUCAAUUAUGAAUCUUGAAAUAUUCUUCCUAUUCUUUUUGAUUUCUCUUUCCUAUUUCUAAGUGUAGUUUUUAAGAUGUAGUUGUAAGAUACAUUUAUAUAACUAUAUAAUAUACGUAUAAAUUAUAUAAUUAUUAUAUAUAUGGUAUACCACAAAUUACACACACAUACUCCCGUACUCAAGAAACUAUAAUACUUAUUUGAAAAAGAAACUCCCCCAAUAGAUGUUUUCAAAUACAGACAGCCAAUCAAUAAACAACAAUACAGCACCUGGAACCCCAAUCCACAAUAAA